AUUAAAAGUGAGCUCCAUCGAAGGCGUUGAAGGUUCAAUUAAUAUUAAAUCCAACUUCCAACCAACGAAUCCAUUCACACACACAUAGGCAUGGACAAGAAUUGCUAUAAAUACCUUUGACGUACAAAGUUUCUUGCACCAACUACAUUUUCAAUCACAUAUAAGUUUCCUACGACUUUUGUGCUUGUAAACUUGAAAAAUGGCAAGGAUGGCAAUGAUGGUCUUAUGUGUAGUAGUGACUUCCAUGGUGGUGGCCGCACCCUAUGCAGAGGCUGCUAUUACCUGUGCUCAGGUGGUAAGUAGCUUAUCUCCAUGCCUUAGCUACCUAAAAAAUGGUGGUGCUGUGCCAUCGGCAUGUUGCAAUGGGGUUAAAUCACUCAAUAGCGCUGCAAGAACAACUCCUGAUCGUCAGACUGCUUGUCGCUGUUUAAAGAGUGCUUCUGGUGGCGUCAAUCCUGGCAACGCUGCUAGCCUCCCCGGCAAGUGUGGUGUCAGCAUCCCUUACAAGAUCAGUCCUAGCACUGAUUGUUCCAAGGUUCAGUAAGGUGAUUCUAAUGGAUGUUCCGAAGAUUAGAAGCAUAUAUAAAUUACAAUAAAUAGCGAGAGCACUAUUUUGAUUGAAAAAGACAUAUAUUACCGCAUAUGGUUAUGCAUGAUUUGUACGGCCUUUUGACUGGUGCCUAUGCAUGUAAUAUUUGUAUGUCAUCGUCUUAUUUAUGUCCCUUCCUCUACUUACUUGUAAUAUAUCAGUAUUGUCUUUUUCUUAAUAACUGCAAAGGUUUAUUAAUUUACACGUGCUAAGCUUUAAGCGAAAUACUUUUUGGACACAGAGAGGACCGGUUUGAGGCUGCACCUUUAAUCAUCCAACUUAUUUGAGGUCCAGAAAAAUAUAAAAAUGCGCGUCUUAAGCACAGAGUCAUCUUAGAAAGAGAAUCACAUCAAUUUUCUCAAUUCUAUCUCUUCUAUUACAGUGGAUGUAGGUCAUCUUGACCAUCUUGACCGAACCACGUAAAUAGUGUGUGUUGUGUAUUUAUAGUUUUACUUGUCAGCAGCUUUACUCCUAACAUAUAAUAUUAAUUAAAUUCCAAGGAAAAACAAAAUAAAAU